AAUUUUAUACCCUGGAAAUUAUAUCUUUUUAAAAAUUAUUGUAUCAUCCACUUGAAAAAUGCAUUGUAUUGACCUAGGAGAAAGAAAUUGUGAUUAUUUUUGACAUUUGUGACAUUUCGCGUGACCAAGGUCCUUGUCACGCCAUCGCGGUAAGGAACGGCGGGAAAUCGAGACGAGAGCAUUCACGUGUGACUCUCUUGUUUAUGUUGUCGUUCUGAUUCUUGGAGGUCUUCUUACUGUACUUCUCCUACUUUUGGGGAAAUAGAAAGUCCAUUUACGUCUUGCUGUUCACUAUGAGCGAAGAUAAGAGUCAAAAUCCAGAGCAUUUCGAUCCGCAAGCUAAUCCCGGCGAGCGACUGCGUGUCAGAUACGAGUACCGCGAACUGAUUGCUGCCACGGAAAAAAACAGACAUGAGUUUAUUAGACCUGACUCCAGAGGAUUGCACAAGGCUUUGGACCAGGGCGAGGAGCUUUUCAGCAAAGUCAAGCAAACAAGAGAAGCUGUUCUUGAUUCUCAUUUCCUGGUAGUGUCUUCGACUCUUGGAGCUCAGCAAGUUCAACAGUUACAAACACAUCUAGUAAAAUUUGAGCCUGAAGUAUUUGCUGCUAAGUUGAUCACAUUUAUGGGUGGUAGAAAUCUUACAAAUCAAGAUGAUGAUGACGACGAUGAUGGUACUUUAUCACGGAGAAGACAAAGAGAGGUUCCACCUUUAGACUGGAAUAAGCUUGGAGAGAAGGUUUCCUCAAAGUUUAGAAAAACACCCUCUUUGACGUUCAUGUUUGGGCCACUUGCAUUUGACCCCCCUGAAAAAAAGAAGCCGCAGCAGCGUGCCAAAAAGACAGAUAAACCAGAUGCAUCACAGAAAGUCAUCCCAAGUCAGCUUGACAAGAUUGAAAGUCAGGAGGAAGCAACGACAAAGGAAGUGACACGGGUCUACUCCUGUCUUGUAAAAGCAACAGUUCCUACAGGUAAUACAGAUGUCAAUGGGGAUCUAGAGCCAGUUUGUUUCUUCAACUUUGUCAUCAACCCUGACAGUUUUGGGCAGACUGUGGAAAAUAUUUUCCAUUUAUCAUUUCUUAUAAAGGAAGGCCGUGCUAGUAUCAGUCUGAAGGAUGGAUUACCAUAUAUCUCACCAUCUGAGCCAUACAGGGAGGAACAAGGAAAACGGGUCCAGCAGAGAAAACAAGUGAUCAUGAAUAUCUCCCUACAAGAGUAUAAGGAAGCCAUUAAAGUAUUUGAAAUCAAGCAAGCAUUGAUUCCAACAAGACCCAGAAUCCAGCCAGGCAGAUCUGGCACGAUGAAUGGACAUAAUGGAACAGACCAUGGGUCAGACAGUGAUUGAUAACAAACAAAAUACAUGUUCCAACCAUACUUACAGUGGAACCUCAAUAAAGAUGACACUAUUAGGAAUGCGCCAUGGGGCAGACAGAGUUUGAUGACAAACAAAAUACAUGUUCCAGCCAUACUUACAGUGGAACCUCAAUAAAGAGGACACUAUUAGUAACGCGCCAUGGGGCAGACAGUGCUUGAUGACAAACAAAAUACAUGUUCCAGCCAUAGUUACUUGGAACUUCAAUAAAAGGAUGACACUAUUAGGACCCAUAACUGGCUUUUAUAAAUAGAUGUUAUUAUUAAGAAGGUUAAAGUUUAGAGGAAAUAUGUGGGACUAUCUUUUAUUGUGAAUGUGUGUCUUAGGACACACUGUUAUUAGGUUGGUUUUUAAAUUCAUCUUUGAAACCUAAGUUCUCUUGUACCUAGUUGUCUUUGCAACCAUUAUGCAUCUUGUCAUGCAAUUUACUCAUCCAGAAACUAAACUACAUUUUGUGACAGGUUCUUUAAAUGGUUGCAAAGAUCAAUUAUUUUUACUGCUUUGUAAAUAAAACAAAUUUCAUGGCCCAGGGGAUCAAAUAUUUAAAAGGAAAUUAUGCCACGAAAUGCAUAAAGAAAAGAAAAUACUUAAGAGUUAUGUUAGACAUUUUAGAAAGUUGUAACACAAGUCUAUUUAAUGUGCCUCAUGCUAGUCUGUGUAAUUUUAUUUGAAGAACAAUUGACACAUUACCUUGGGUACCAAUGGUUUUGUGCCAUUAAACACCCUGAGGCACUACGAACUAAUUCCUCUCAGCUUGUUUUUACUCAACCAGGAUAACACUCAAUCGAAAACCAGAGUCCUUAGUAUUUAGGUCAAUAAGAACAAUAUUUUAUAGACAUUACUGUAGGCACUGGGAAAGGCGAUAAAUAGAUUGAGAGAAUAUAUUGUCCAAUUUGUACAAAAUACUAAUAAUUUAAGAUUCUAGAAAUCAGAAUGAUAAAAUUAUGCAAUUUAGAAUGGAAUUCAUAGCAAUUUCUUUACUAGCCUUGGAAUGGAAGCUUCUGCUAUUAAAAUGUUAUGUUUAAUGCAUCUUAUGACAAAUUCAAUCAUAGUAUUUUAAUAAAAAGAUUAAGUUUA